AUGUCGCAAAGGCUCGCUGCACUCCAGGCAUUGUUUGAGAGUGGUCAGCAGCAUGCAGAGGAUGCGUCAGUUGACCAGAGUGUCACGACAUACCCUGCUGCAACCGAUGCUGUGCGGGGCUUGGAUUCGUCCACGUCGUUGGACGUGAGUCCCGCACCUACGUCAUCCGCACAAGCCUUACUAUCACCGGCAAAUGGUAUGCAUACGUCUACCAACGGUGGUUCUCCGAUGAUUUCGGAGCAAAUGCCUGAGCAUAGUGGCGUGGAUGGCAAAGCGGAUGGCGUCAACGCAGAUCAGGAGCCAUCACACCGACACACGCCCAAACGCCAUUCCCUGUCGCUAUUGCUCUCAGAAAGCAACAAUCAGGGAGCAACACCAAGAAUGAAGGCAACAAAGUCAAAUACCUUAAUGCAGGAGAAUGAUGCAACAGCCCAUUCUGUCACUGCCACACCUGUGGCUAACGACACGUCCGCGACACAGAACGAAGAGUCUUCCUUAUCAGCGUCACUGGGCGCUAGUCAGCUAGGUCGCAGUCGGGGUGCGUUGGAGUUUCUCGAUGAAGAUGAUGAAGUAGAUGGACCAGCCAACGAAUCUGCGUCAACAGGCCACUGGGGUGUGCAAGAAAUGCGCCGUCGGACAGCCGCAGGCAUUUCGAUCAAGUCGACACUCCAAAAAAUUGAUCAGCUCACUGCUGAACGAGACGAUUUGAAAAUUGAAGUAGACUUUCAUCGUCGGAAUAUGUCGCCUGAGGAUGUGGGCGCUGAAGUGAUCACUCUGCGUCAGGAGAAACUCGGCUACGUUCGCCGAUUGCAGAAGAUGAACGAGCUUGUCAAGAGCCAGGAUCAGGCACUCAAGACCGUCAACCGCCAGGUCAAGUCUUGGGAGGCCAAAAUGUCGGAGUUGGAUGUCCUUCAAGAACAGCUGCGUACCGCUGAAGAGCGCGCGCGACAAGCCGAAGCGGCAUGCGCGAACACAGGUCGACAGGUGUGUGCUGAUCAUGAGCACCAGAUUCACCGGCUAGAGAGAUUGCUACAUGCAGCAAAGGAAGAACGUGAUGCAAUGCAUGAUGAGCUGGAUGCUAUGCGCUUGAACGAGUCGCCCGACUUGCACGAAGCCAUCCAGCAUCGAGACAACAUGAUCCAGGAUCUUCGUGCAGAACUAGCGGACGCACAGGCACAACUGGAGCAAGGGAUGCCCAGCGAUAACCCACAUCAGACGGCGCAAUUUCAGCAGCAGCUGGAAGAACAACAUGAGACGAUUUGUUCACUCCAGGAUGCUCUGGCGGCUGAACGGCUUGUCGUCGCGGAGAAGGAGGGCGAGAUGGAUCGGCUGGAGGGCCAUGUGGAAGCAGCAGAAGCAACUGCAACGGAUCUUCAGCGACAGCUUGAGAUGCGUCGAGCCUCUGAGGAGGCGGCCUUGGCAGAUGCGCAGCGCUUACACACACGUGUAGCGCAGCUGGCGCGCGAGCUGGAGGAUGCACGCUCCGUUCAAGAGAGUCGCAUAGCAGCCCUGCAGGAUAAGCUAGCGAUAUCAUCAGCUCAGGCAGAGGAGCUGCACGCGACGAUGGAACAGCAAGCGACGCAACGAAUGAACCUAGAGGAUCUGAAUGCGCGACUGAAUGCGAAGCUAGUUGAGCUUGUAAAGGAUCUGAAAGACGAAGAACAUGCUCGUGAGCGAGCAGAUACCAACUGGUCACAGCGCUAUGAUACGAACGAGGCACAGACACGCCGUGCGAUUGCCACGAAAGACACACUGAUUGAGUCACUGGAGUCGCAGCUUGUUCAGCUGCGGCAGGACAAGCAGCAGCACACAAAAGCCAUGGAGCGACUACAGGAGACACUCAGGACGAGUGAGCAAGUCUCGCAACGGCAGAUGGAUGAAGUGAACACGCACCAUAAGCGCGAGCUGGACAGGCUGACAGAUGACUUGAAUGAGAAGCUUAGUGCUUGGCACGAUGCACAAGACGAAGUGACGCGCUUACGAGCAGAAAUGCGUGAGAUGGCGAACUCACUGCAGUCUGAGACUCGCGCACGUCUUGGUGCGCAAGAUCGACUUGAAUCUGUGCAGCGGGCACUAGACGGAGCGAAGCACGAGAUGGAGAGGAUGAGGGAGCAGCAGCAGCAGCAGCACAGGGGUUUGUCGUCGCCGCGCACAGGAAAUGGUGGAUCUUCAGUGCGUGGCUCAGACACAGGUGCACGUAUUCAGCUUGCUGAACGGAACGCAUUAUUGAUGGCCGUGUUCGAUACAUUGGCACGCGCAUUGCAGGAUGACAUGGCGCCUGGCGAGUCGCGACUCGUGCAUACAAACUUCCAUGCCUUCCACGACAAGCUCACACAGCGAUUGCGACGUCUGUCAAAUGUGCAAGCAUGGUUUGUACAGCGCUCGAGUGCCAUGGAGAAAGAACAUCUACAUAAACUAGCCGAUGUGAGACGACAUCAGGAAGCGCGCUGGAGCCAGUUGGAGCGUAUUGAGCGCUCGAUUCGUGCAGCUACUGAGAAGCAAGCGCAAUGGCGCCGGCGUGUGCUAGACAAGGAAUAUGAGCUGGCUGAGCUGCAUCGGACGAACCGCGAUCUUGAGCACCAGCUUGCUCGACUGAAAGAGGCGCCAGCCGCGACACCGACGCCUACGACACCAGCACAGCUGUCGGUGCGGAUUCGUGAGCUGGAGCGGCGGUGCAAGGAGGCUGACGAGCGUGUUAAGCGGGAGCGAGCUGGCUCGAAAGAGCGCGCAGCGCGCGAUGAAGCACGUAUUCGACACCUGCAGACUACACUCGAUCGCGUCUCGACGAUGCCGCCGCCUACUACAGGCUCCUCGUCAGGUGCUUAG